CAUAUAUGGCGGGUAAUUGAGAAAAAUACAUAUUUGAUAGUAUUGUAUACUACACAGCAAAACAACCUAGUCCCUGUCCAGGUAGAGAGAAACAGUUUAAAUUUGAAGACAUGAAACGGUGUUGUAUUUAGUAUUAUAUGGAUUCUCUUGAACACAAAAUGAACUGAAAACGGUGCAGAAAAAGCAAAGAUCAUGAUCAUAAAUCAAGGGAAUCACAGAAAAUUAUCUGGAAGACAAUGGAAUUGAAAGAGAAAGUAUGGAAUAAAGGUGAAGAAUGCUCUGCCCUUUACCAAGGUGAUGGAAAUUUUUACCCAGGAUUCAUCUUGAAAAUUAUCAGAUCACCUGGACUGAAAGCAAUUGUACAGUUUGAUGGCUAUUCAAAGGAAGAAGCUGAAACAGUUGACAUAACACAGAUAAAACCAAUUCAAAGAAAACAAAAAGAAAAAUCAGAUUUAAUACUGGUAUCUGAGGAGAAGGGUGAUGGUUUGUUCAAACCUCUGUGUGGUAAAGAAGAAGACAAAUAUCUUGAGAGUAAAUACAGAGACCUGAGUGAUGAUGAGAGUGAUGUCAGUUCUAGUGCUAGUAUCCUUAAAACACCAUGGAGAAAGGGUGUGGUUGCCACAGGGGGUCAGUCCAUCAAUCAUAAAAAUACAUCAGUUAGAGGGAGGAGAAGCAAAGUUAAAUCUGUAAAUAGUGAGAGGAAAAAUACAGACAAAUCACAAAUUGAUAAAAAACAGAGAAAUAUUACAGAAAAUGACUCUGUACAUUUGGAGCUGAGUAAGGAUACAUUUGACUCACAGAAACCAUCCACUUCUAGAACAGCCCUCAGACAUACCAGAAAACCUAUAUAUUUAAGUGAUUCUUCAGAUGACUCAUUUAAUGAUAGAAAAACUUCAAGGCCAGAUAGCAGCAAGUUGAAUGAAGACCAUAAAAACAAAUCUGACACCAAACCAAGCCUGAAGAAAUGUAGAAAUACUUCUACAGAUUCUACAGAGGAAAACUCAGAUUUUAAAAAUGAGGGUUUUGAUGAUUAUGAUUUGGAGAAGCCCAAGUUUAAGUUUACACCAUCAGCUGCCAAGGUCCCGUACAAAUUAUCAGGACCAGAUGAAAUGCCUGUAAUACAGAUACCUGCAACAAUCAAUCGUUAUUUGAGAGACUAUCAGAGGAUGGGGAUACAGUUUAUGUAUAAUCAUUACAAAAAUGGUCAGGGAUGUAUACUAGGAGACGACAUGGGUCUUGGUAAAACUGUUCAGGUGAUUGGAUUUACAUCUGCCUUAAUGAGAAAGCAUGGAAAUAGAAUAGAUAUGCUGAAACAUAAACCAAAGUUUAUUAGACAGAUGUCAGACAACAAGAAGAAUCUUGAGGAUGACGAGACUGCCCCUAUGGACCCAUUCCUUAUUAUAGGACCAGGAAGUGUAUUGUAUAAUUGGAUGGAUGAACUUGAAACAUGGGGAUACUUUACUGUUGGGAAGUUUCAUGGAACAGACAAAGAGCAGUGCUUUGCAGACACAAAGAAAGGAAAGCAUGAAAUUGUUAUUACAACAUAUGAAACAUACAGAGACAACCAGGAAUUGUUAAAUUCUAUCAAUUGGUCAGCUGUUAUUGUUGAUGAAGUUCACAAGAUAAAGGGUCAGCAAGCACAAAUUACCCAAGCGCUGAAAGCCAUCAACACUGACCUAAGAUUUGGUCUAACAGGCACUGCACUUCAGAAUGACAUGUUAGAGCUUUGGUGUAUUUUAGAUUGGGCUCAACCAAAUUGUCUAGGAGAUCCUGAAGAAUUUAAGUACAAUUAUGUUGAACCAAUAAAACAAGGACAGAAAAUUGAUGCAACCAAAAGACAAUUAGCUGAAGCCAGAAAAUUGAAAGAAAAAUUUUCAGCUAUCAGAAAUAAGAUGUUGUUGAGGAGGACGAAAAUGUUGAUAUCAGAUCAGCUGCCAACAAAAGAUGACAAUGUUGUGUAUUGUCGUUUGACACCCUUCCAGGAAGCUGUCUAUAAAUGUCUACUGCAACAUCCACUUAUGAACACUGUAAUGAAGAUGGACAAACCAUGUGACUGUGGAAGUGGACAUAUAACAGGGACAUGUUGUAAUAAACUUAAAGAAUUUAAAGUUUCAUUUAGAGAAGUGAUGUUUACAUUUCUGAGCCUCUUUUUGAAAGUUGGUAACCAUGUUGCAUUGAUGAUACCAGCCAGAACCUCAGAAGAUAACCUAAAACCUUUAACAAAACACAUACUUCAACAAGUGUAUGAACAGUUUCCACAGUACUUCACUGACAGCAAAGAAGCUUCAUUUAGAACAUUAUCAGAUCCAAAAUAUUGUGGAAAAAUGAAGGUAUUGAAAGGAUUACUGUCUGUAUUCUACAAAGACCACAGUAAAGUGUUAGUCUUCUCCUACAGUACAAGGGUACUAGACAUAUUUGAGCAGUAUCUGAUGACAACGGAAUAUGAAUAUAGAAGACUAGAUGGCAGCACUAGUAUGAAGAAAAGAAUGGCUUUAGUACGUGAAUUUAACAGAGAUCCUAACAUCUUUAUCUUCCUAAUCUGUACCAGGGCAGGAGGACUUGGAUUAAAUUUGACUGGUGCUAAUAGAGUUGUUAUAUUUGAUCCUAACUGGAAUCCUACCCAUGAUCUUCAGGCACAGGACAGAGCAUACAGAAUAGGUCAGAGAAGAAAUGUAAAAGUAUACAGACUUAUCUCCGCAGGAACUAUUGAAGAAAACAUGUACCUAAGACAAAUUUAUAAACAGCAACUAGACAGUGUUGCUAUACAGAAUGAGAAUGCCAACAGAUACUUUAAAGGGAUAGCGGGUGACAGAGCUCAUCAAGGUGAAUUGUUUGGUGUCAAGAAUAUGUUCCAGUUCAGGACAGGGGAUAAGUGUCUCACAUUAGAUAUCCUAAAUGAGAAUGAGAGAGUUGAAACUGAAUUAGUUGGAUUUACUGUGUCUAAAUAUAUAUCUAAUGAUGAUGAACAAAGAGAAGAUAACUCUGAAGAGUCAGAAGAAGACCCAGAUACAACUAAUGAAGAGAUAGAAGAUCAAAUGGAUAAUUCACUACUCAAAUUAUUUGGUAUAACUGACAGAGAUGACUUUGAUAUAAACAGUAUAGAAGAUAGUGAUGAUGAACAUUAUAUAGGAGAUGUUGAUUCUCAGGACUCGCAUAGAUCUGCACAGAGUAAUACUGCAACCAGGAAGAAAGAAACUCCAAAUAAUACAGGAAGUAAAAGGACAAGUAACAGGAAAACCUCAACACCUGCUAAGUCUUCAAGUUCAUUGUCUAAACAAGGCAAAACGUCUGCACCAGAAAGAUCAAAGCUUAAAAAGUCAUCCUCUUCAUUUUCUUCAGUGUCAGAUGUUUUUGAUCAGUGUGGUGUUGUGCAUGUUCAUGAAAAUCGUCAGUUGGUAGGUGGCAGCAAGGCUGAGGAUCACAUGACAAAGUGUGCCAUACAGGAUGUGUAUGAAUUGCACCAGAACUCACAGAUACCUGCUGGGUAUUGUGAACCUAUGUCGGAGUCUGAUGACAGUGGGAUUACUGAACCUACUCCUGUAAAGUCUAGAGGUAGGAAGUCCUCAAAACCAGAUCACAAUACACCUACAUCAGUUGUCAUAGGAACCAGUAGAGUAUUAAUUGGACAAACUCCAAAAACUAUCAGAUUAAAACAGUUUGAAGAAAUAACCCAGUUCUUUGACAGUGUUUCAGCUGUUGAAUUAUCAGAAAGGAUUUUGUUAGGGUCUACACAAUCCAGAUUAAAAUUGCUGAAAGAUUUUUACACCAAGGAUAAACCUGAUUUUUCUCAGAUAUUUAGCACAGUUAAACAUGAUGGUGAUCAAAAUGAUACAUCACUUGGAUCAGGGUUGACUAGUACAAAAAAGACAACUAAUCCAGACAUAAAAAGAAAGAGGCGAGUAAGACGCAAGGAAAAUGAAACUCUGGGUAUUUCAUUUCUCGACUUUCCUGAUAGCGAAUCCCAAAAAUUAGAAUCUAAAAGUAGGAUUGAAAGUGAUGGAAGUCAGACAGAAAGUUUAGAUAUUGGAAUACCUUCUACCUCAUUUGCUCGUAGGAAGCCUUCGCCAUCCAAGAAACCUACUAAAGGUAGAUCAAAGAAUAGUGUGCAGAAAAAUAAACAUAAAGACAUCAAGGAUACUUGUUCUGUUUUUACUGUUGAUGAAUUUACAGAAGAGAAAACUGUUGUUAUUACUUCAGAUAAUCACUCAGAUGAUAUUGAAGAAUUAUUACAUAAAAUUGGACAUCAAGCUGAUGCAAAAAUCUCAGUAAAAGAAGAAAAUCAAAAGGAAAGGGGAGAUAAUUUGUCCAUCUUAGAUGAUAUAUUUUCGUCCCCAGAAAAAUCAACUCAAAAACGAAAAAAGCCCCCCAAAAAGAACAAAAAGUCAGGAAAAGUAGAAAACAUUGACUUUGAUUCAUUAACAGAAACAAGCAUUACAGAGGAUGAAGAUUAUCAUUUUGCUGACGUAAGCACUUUAAAAGACGAUGGGAUUGAUGUUUUCACUGACCCUGUUAAAUGGAAAAGUCUUAAAAGACAUCAGAAGGAACGUGUAUCAUUAGUUGAUCAAAUGGUGUCUGAUGCUGCCGAGGACUAUGACGAACUUUUUAAAUCAGGGAAAAUGAAAAGAGUGAAGAAAUCGAAUAAACAACAUAGACCUGAAAACAAAUCUGAUAGUGAUACAAAUGAUGACCCUUCUGCUAGUCUGUUUUAAACAUUUAUUCAAUAUUUUUGUUUCUUUUGUCUGUUUUAAGUUUUCAUCAAUAUUUAAAAAAAUUUCUGUUAACAUUAUCAAAUCGAUGGAAAUUGAUCUGAAGACAAUGGUAUUGUAAUUCACAGUCUUUGUUGCCAAAAGAAAGAAGUAUUUUACUACAGUACUCAAAACUGAUGCAUUGUUUAUAAUGAAGAAAUAGGCUAUUCAAAGGGUACCAAAUCCUGUGUAUUUCACGAUUCAUUAUUAUCACAAAGUAGAAUUAAUGCUACAUUUUAGUGGCUUCUUGGGCCCUGUUUCUGUUUCUGUUUUUGUUUUUGUUUUUGUUUUAAUUUUUACUCAAGUUUUAAGAUUUCCAUUUAUAUUUAUUUUCUGGUUGAGUUAAUGCAAAACUAAAAACAGGUAGUUUAAGUGGAGUGAUACAAAAUCUACUUAUAAGGAAAAUAUAUAGCUUUUGAACUAUUUUUAAAUGGUUUUCAGAUUCGAAAAAAUUUGAAAACAAACUCUUGUGAGAACCAACUCCAUAAUCUACCACAUUCAGUAUUUGUCUUUAUGAACAGCAGCUCUUUUACAAAUAUUUACCCGUUUCCUGCACAAGAUUGAUAUUUCCAUUUCACAAACAUAUGUAUCAAAAAAUGUAUGUAGCUUAGAUUGAGAAUUUUAAGAAUCUUUAAAUUUUUUAGAAAAACAAAGAAUACGGGGUAUCCAUCAAUGAUAUAAAAUCAGUACAUGCACAGCAAAAAACACUCAAAAAGCAAAGGAACAGGGUUUUAUAGCUGUUCUUCAUGCCAUCUCUCAACCUUAAAAUCUAUAUUCAUAAUAUCUUAAAGACCUCAGAGUUCAGGCUUUGUUCAGGCAAAUAUAAUUUUAAUUUUAGGCCAAAUAAGGCCCUUAGCAUACCUCCUUUAAAAACCUUAGGUAAUUGAAAUUUUGAUUUGAUUUGACCUGUACAAAGGCUGAAUCAUAAAUUAAAAACCAUCUAACUGACUAUUUUCCAUAAAAAAAAUGCCGAUCUUCAGUUAUAUAGUCCUUACUUUUGUAAUCUGAGGAACUUUGCUUCAAUUUUAAUUAAUCAUUGUAUUGAAAAAAAUAAAAAAACCUAAACAG